GUGACGCCUUCCGUACAAAUACUUGGUUAGCGGGUCUUUUUGGACUCAUUCGCGCUUUCUCUGGUGGCUCUGGACGGAGUUCGUGUUGAAACCAAGGGGAGGUUGAAUUUGUAGUUGGAAGCUCCUGCCUUUUCUGGAGACGAGUACCAUCACUCUGUGCCAGCAUGCAUGUGGUCAAGCGAGACGGACGCCAAGAGCGCGUCAUGUUCGACAAAAUCACCUCACGCGUCCAGAAGCUUUGCUAUGGGCUGAACUCCGAGUUUGUGGACCCGGCCCAGAUCACGAUGAAGGUGAUCCAGGGUCUGUAUAGCGGAGUCACCACAGUGGAACUGGACACCCUGGCAGCAGAGAUCGCCGCCACGCUCACCACGAAACACCCCGACUACGCCAUCCUCGCAGCACGUAUCGCCGUGUCCAACCUGCACAAAGAGACGAAAAAGGUGUUCAGCGACGUGAUGGAGGACCUGUACAACUACGUUAACCCUCUGAAUCGGCGCCAUUCUCCCAUGAUCUCCAAGGAGACCCUCGACAUUGUCCUUGAGAACAAAGACCGCCUCAACUCGGCCAUCAUUUUCGACAGAGAUUUCUCCUACAACUUCUUUGGUUUCAAGACGCUCGAGAGGUCGUACCUGUUGAAGAUCAAUGGCAAAGUGGCGGAGCGGCCACAGCACAUGCUUAUGAGGGUGGCCGUUGGCAUCCAUGGAUUGGACAUCGAUGCAGCCAUUGAGACCUACAACCUGCUGUCAGAGAAAUGGUUCACCCACGCCUCUCCUACGCUCUUCAAUGCGGGGACUAACCGGCCACAGCUGUCCAGCUGCUUCCUGCUCGCCAUGAAGGACGACAGCAUCGAAGGCAUUUACGACACGCUCAAGCAGUGUGCCCUCAUCUCCAAGUCGGCUGGAGGAAUCGGCGUGGCGGUGAGCUGCAUCAGAUCGACAGGGAGCUACAUCGCGGGAACCAAUGGAAAUUCCAACGGGCUGGUCCCCAUGCUGAGGGUUUACAACAACACGGCGCGCUAUGUCGACCAGGGUGGGAACAAGAGACCGGGCGCCUUCGCCAUGUACCUGGAGCCCUGGCAUUUUGAUGUGUUUGACUUCCUGGAGCUGAAGAAGAACACAGGAAAGGAGGAACAGAGAGCCAGAGACCUGUUCUAUGCCCUGUGGAUACCUGACUUGUUUAUGAAGAGAGUGGAGAGCAACCAGGACUGGUCCCUGAUGUGUCCCAACGAGUGCCCGGGCCUGGACGAGUGCUGGGGAGAGGAGUUUGAGGCGCUCUACACCAAAUAUGAGAAGGAGGGCAGGGUCAAGAGAGUAGUGAAGGCUCAGCAGGUAUGGUACGCCAUCAUUGAGUCCCAGACAGAAACUGGCACUCCAUACAUGUUGUACAAGGAUGCCUGCAACAGGAAGAGCAACCAGCAGAACCUGGGCACCAUCAAAUGCAGCAACCUCUGCACAGAAAUUGUUGAAUACACCGACAAAGACGAGGUAGCGGUCUGUAAUCUGGCUUCCAUUGCCCUCAACAUGUACGUCACCCCUGAGAGGACUUAUGACUUUAAAAAACUUGCAGAUGUGACCAAAGUCAUCGUCAAAAACUUGAACAAGAUUAUAGACAUUAACUAUUAUCCUGUACCUGAGGCUGAAAAGUCCAAUAAGCGUCACAGGCCAAUAGGAAUCGGGGUCCAGGGUUUGGCAGAUGCCUUCAUCCUCAUGCGCUAUCCCUUUGAAAGCCCUGAAGCUCAGCUGCUGAACACCCAGAUCUUUGAGACGAUCUACUACGCUGCUCUGGAGGCCAGCUGCGACCUUGCUGCGGAGUUCGGCCCUUACGAGACCUAUGAAGGCUCCCCAGUCAGCAGGGGCAUCCUCCAGUACGACAUGUGGGGGAAGACUCCCACCGAGCUGCAGGACUGGAAGCUGCUGAAGGAGAAGAUUUCCAAGCACGGCAUAAGGAACAGUCUGCUGCUGGCCCCGAUGCCCACGGCCUCCACCGCCCAGAUCCUGGGCAACAAUGAGUCCAUCGAAGCCUACACCAGCAACAUCUACACGCGCAGGGUGCUCUCUGGGGAGUUCCAGAUCGUCAACCCUCAUUUGCUCAAAGACCUGACUGAGAGGGGGAUGUGGAAUGAGGAGAUGAAGAACAAGCUGAUAGCUCACAAUGGAUCUAUCCAGGAUAUUGCUGAUAUUCCAGAUGACGUCAAGCAGCUCUACAAAACAGUGUGGGAAAUCUCCCAGAAGACCGUGCUCAAAAUGGCUGCCGAUCGUGGCGCCUUCAUCGACCAGAGCCAGUCCUUGAACAUCCACAUCGCAGAGCCAAACUAUGGCAAACUGACCAGCAUGCACUUCUUUGGCUGGAAACAGGGCCUGAAGACGGGCAUGUAUUACCUAAGGACGAAACCCGCUGCGAAUCCCAUCCAGUUCACCCUGAACAAGGAGAAGCUGAAGGAGGUGCAGCAUACCAAAGCUUCAGAGGAGGACAUCAAAGAGCGAAACACUGCAGCCAUGGUUUGUUCCCUGGAGAACAGAGAUGAGUGCCUCAUGUGUGGAUCCUGAACAUGUCCCCUCACUAACUGCACUGCUAAACAUCCCACAUCAGUGAGCUGUGAAGCCCAAUGUUCUAACUGCUUCAGCUCACGAACGUGACUGUUCUUGUGCAAUGUACAGAAAUAAGUUUAUUAAAAUGACAAAAGUACUUAAUGCCUUUUAUUUAGUUUUGUUAUUGGAAAAUAAAAGGCUUUUUGAUAUGAAA